AAGUGUAAAACAAAUACGUAUUACCCAGAAGAUCAAAAGGACAGAGAGGAUAGGAGUAGAGUUGAGCCACACAUCCAAUGGCAGCAACUUCCUCUUCUAUGGCGGCGGCUUUCAUGAUUCCGACCGCCACCACUACCUCCCGGUGCUACUCUGCUUUGCCAUACCUACCACCUCGCGUCUCAUCCACCUCAUUCCGGACUUCCAUCAAACAACUCUCAGCAAGCCGCAGGUUAUCUUCGCUUCAGAUUAGAGCCGCAUCAGAAGAUUCUGCUCCAGCUGAUGCUACUGAGAUUUUCACUGACUUGAAGGGAAAGUGGGAUGCUCUUGAAAACAAAUCCACCGUGCUUCUCUAUGGAGGUGGGGGAAUUGUUGCUGUCUGGCUAUCUUCCAUUGUUGUUGGAGCUAUCAACUCUGUACCUUUGCUUCCCAAGAUCAUGGAGUUGGUUGGACUUGGAUACACAGGAUGGUUUGUCUACAGAUACCUUCUCUUCAAGUCAAGCAGAAAGGAAUUAGCCACAGACAUUGAAGCACUGAAGAAGAAGAUUGCUGGAACUGAAUAAACCCACAAGUUUGAGCUGCAAAAGUUUUCUCCUUUUCUGAAUCUUUAAUUUCAGUACUACUUUGCAUUCAUGCUGUUAUAUAUAAUUGUAUCUUGUGUUUUAGAUUAGGAUCUUGUAUUUCAAUUGUAUUUUCCCAGUUCAUUGUUAUAAUAAGAACCAGCAAAUUUGUAUCUCAAAAUGGAUAAUUACAAUCUUGAUUA